AUGGCAGCACAAGGCGAGUCCUACCGUCCGGCUUUCCCGCCUCAGCCCAAACCACACAUCUCGUUUGGGCUCCCGUUCGCAGCCGCAUGCGCCCACCACAUCAGCAACACCUUUCAUGCCUCACGGGUCUACAUCAUAGUCUCCAAGUCUAUCUCCCAAACCAACGCCUUCACCCAGUUACGAGAUGCGCUGGGCGAGAAAGUGGUCGGGGUGAGGCAGGGCAUGAAACCCCACACGUCGUGGGACGACAUCCUGGAGAUCGUGCUCGACGUCCGGGGAAAAGACGUGGAUGCCAUCAUCACGCUCGGCGCGGGGAGUCUGACCGACGGGGCAAAGGUCGUCACAUUCGCACUCGCCAACGACGUUUCGACGCUCGGCGAUCUGGAGAAGCUGACUGCGGAGGCUGUUGACCCCCAGAAAGCAGUACCGUGUCGGAUUCCCGUCAUCAAUGUCCCGACCUCGCUUUCGGGCGGCGAGUACUCGUCCUUUGCGGGCGCCACGGAUAUGAGGAAUGGCCACAAGACUCUGUUCGCGCACCCUUCUAUGGGCGCCGACCUUGUCGUCCUCGAUCCAGAACUAAGUAUCUCGACGCCCGAGCGAAUCUGGUUGUCCACCGGUAUCAGAGCUGUAGACCACUGUGUCGAAGGGCUGUGUUCCCUCGACAGCAGAGCUACGGCCGAGACAGCUAAGGGGUUCGCUUCGGGGCUAAAACUGCUGGUGCCCAGCUUGCUGUUGACGAAGAGAAACGGGGGAGACGAAGAGGCGAGGCUGCGUUCUAUGCUCGGAGUUAUCGACUCCAUGAAAGGUGUUGGGGCCGGCGUGCCGAUGGGUGGCAGCCAUGCAAUUGGACACCAGCUGGGCCCAUUGGGCGUCGGUCACGGCGAGACGAGCUGUAUCAUGCUCCCUGCCGUACUCAAGUAUAACUACGCCCACGGGGACGAGAAGGUGCGGAAGCCGCAGCAGAGAGUGCUGGAUCUGCUCUGGGCCGAAGAACCCGUCGCCGAGGUCUUGAAAGCCCGAGGGCUGGAGCAAGACAGUGCUGAUGCGGGAGAUGUCGUUGGUGCUAUCAUCUCCGAGCUGGGCAUGCCGAGGACGUUGAAGGUGGUGGGCGUUGGCAGGGAGAAGCUGGAUGCUCUGGCAGCCAACUGCUUGAAGGACCACUGGCUUCCAUCGAAUCCGGUGUCCUUGGUCGAGAAGGAGCAGGUGCUGGAGGUGCUGGAAAUGGUCGUGGAGUGA